AUGUCAGAUAGCUCAUCGGAUGAAGAUUAUCGCAAGUUCAACAGGAAGGCUAAGAAGUCUUAAGCACGCACAAACGUCCAAGAUCCAGAAUCCACUCGGUUUGCCUAAGAAUUCGCAUAGAGAUUGUUACGAGAGAGAGGAUUUGACAUCACUGAAGAAGAGAUGGGAUUCAAGAAACAAACUACUAAAUAAGUGAAGGCCACUACUUACGUGCAUAGUAUUGAUUAGGCCACAUUCAAAGAAUUACAAAAGGAAUUCAAUAAAUGCGAGAACAUAGGUCAGAUAUGCACCAUCCUAAAAGCAUUAAGUAAUCAUAAAGAAGCCACACCAUAGCAAUAAUAAUAGUAUAAGAUCUAGAGAAGCGACUUCUUGAUCAAAAAUAGAAUGUAUGAGGAAGCCAAAACAGAAUGCUUUGAAUUGUUAGAGAAGGAAUUGUAAACUUUGGACAAAGUGAAGGUCUUGUUAUCAUUAUGUAAGGCAUAAUUAGAGACGAAUGAAACAUAUAAUGGAUGCAUGUAAGCAUUGAGAUUAAAAAGCUAUGCUGAAACAGUUAAAUUGAUGCCAUCAUUUAAUCUGGGUAUAUAUGAUCUUACUCCAGAGUAAAUUUACAAACAAAUAGAUGAUAUCUAUUAAAAUACUAUAUUUAAGAUCUAGAGAGAUAAUAAAAAGGUGAUAUCUCUUUUAGGAGUAUAAGGUAAUAGUGCAACCGGUUGUUUGGGUUAAGGGGACUUAACGUAAUGCAGUGAGUUGACUUAAUAUUCGAUAUUCAAAAACAGGAAAAUACUCUCUAUUGGAUGUGGAGAACAUCAUGUUUUAGUUUUAAUAAGUGGUUGUUCAUGUAUCAAUCCCUUUUUGGUCAGUUAAUGUAAAGGAGAAAAAUGCAAUAAUGGUAAUGAAGUCUUUGGUUGGGGAGAGAAUUUCUUGGGUCAAGUAACCAUGAGUGAAUUAGAUGGAAAUUUUAUUAGUGUCCCAUAUAAUAUUAGUUAAUUAAGCAAUAAGAACAUUAUUGGAGUUCAAGCAUACAAAAGCUCAUCAAUUGCUUGGGAUUCUGAAGGUCGGAUAUAUCAGUGGGGAGCUAAACACAUACUCAAAAUAGACCCUAUUGCAGAAAUUUAAUAGAUCAUAUUGGGUUUCAAAUUUGGAGCUGUUCUCGCUAAAAAGUCAUUGUUUAUCAUUGGGGAAUUGGAUGAAAAUAUUAAAUAUCCUAAACUAACUAAAUUAGCUGAUAAUAUUGAUUAAAUUGCAGGUGGAGAUAACCAUUUGUUAUCACUUAACUCAUAAGGUGAAGUUUGGGGAAUUGGAUAAAAUAAGUUUCAUUAGUUAGGGGUGAAUAAUCAUCAACAAUAUUCGUAAAUAUAAGAGGAGGAAUGCUUUUAUAUUAAUGCUAAUGAAAAUGCUAGUAUUUUUGUUACUUCUGAUGGUGAGGUCUUGUAUUGUGGUUAAGUGAGCAAAGAAAAAGUAAUUGAUUACCCUAAAACAUUGCAAAUUGAUGAAGAUGUCUAAAUUAUUUAAGCUUGCACAUAUGAAGGUGUGAUCUAUGCUUUGAAUUUGCAAGGAAAGAUAUUUAGAUGGGAUAUUGACAAAGAACCGAAAUCUAAGUAAUUCUUCUCCGCUCCUGUAAGACAACUCCAUCUUUGCAGGGGAAUCAGACUUUGUGAAUCAACUGCCUUAUAAGGGGAAUGGUGUAAAUUGGAAUUAGAAGAUGAGGAUUAAGAAGAAUUCGAAACCUUUUCAGAUAUUAAUCUCAUUAUCAACCUAGGAGAUAAGUAUGGUCCAUAUGGAAUCAAACAAACACAUCCUAUUAGAUAUAAUAUCUUUGUUUCUGAUGAUUCUGAAAUUACUCCUGAUUAGUUAUUACACAAAAAUCAAGUGGUCUCUAUGAGCAAGAUUUAGUCGUAAUAAGAUAAUAAGAUCUAUCUUAAUUACAUGAACGAUGGCUACAAAGCUGAAAUUAAGGAACUAGAUGAACCAUCUAAACAUAAACUUGUUUUGUAGGUGAACAAACCAGGGAAUUAUUUCGUUUAUUUAUAUUUGAAUGAGUAAUUACUUAUCGAUUGUCCUUUGACUCUCAAUUUAGUGGCUGGAAGCAGAUAAGAGGAGUUGAUGUAAGCAGAAGAAUUAAAGAAAUAAUAAUAAUAAGCAGAAUUACAAAGGAAAUAAGCUUUGUUAUUGAAAAAAUAAUAGGAAGAAGAUGAGAGAUAGAGAAUGUUGAAUGAAUAAUAAUAAGAACUUUAGUAGAGAUAAUAGGAGACAAAGAAAAGAGCUGAUGAGAAAUUAUAAUAAUAUCAAUUAAAAAUGUAGGAAGAAAAAAGACAAAAAGAGGAAGAAAGAUAAUAAAAGAAGGAUUUAUUAACAGGAGGAGGUUUUGAUUUGAAUAAAGUAAAAUAGUAGCAAUAAUAAUAACAAUAACAAUAAUAACAAUAAUAAUAAUAAUAGGAAUAAAUUUAAAAUAAUAAUCAACCUAAGAAAAUUAUUAAAUAAGUUAAUACUGCUUUAAGUUAAAAGGUUAAACAAUAGAUGCAAAAUUUAUAAUAAGAAAGAUAAUAAUUACAAUAAUUAAAUAAUCAAUAGUAAUAAUAAUAAUAAUAAUAAAAAUAAACUAAACCUCAAUCUUAACCUCCAAAAUUAAACCCAGUAAAAGCCACUCCUAAAGUACUUCAAAGUAUUUAAUCAACUAAAACUACUGACAAAGCAUUUUCUACAUAGGAGACCUUCAAAGAAAUGCAAUAGACAGGAUAAUUUAGAAAAACAGAUACUUAAUUGUAAAAAAUACAAUAAGAAUUCCAAUAAGAAUUGUAAUAGCUGAAACGACAGGAAUCAAAUAAAUAUAAAAGAUGA